UAUUGUCCUCUGCUAGAAGAACACUGAGCAUGUGGCAGCCCUACAUUCCUCAUUGUGUGUCCAAGCUCUCCCAUUGGCUCCAAACUGUGAGAACCUCCAACAAGCCCAAGACCCACACAUUCAUAUGGAGAUUUGGGAGUAUAAAUAGAGGAGCUGCAGCCAGUACAAAUCAGACCCACUCUACACAGAGAGAUCUACAGCACAGAGACACAGCCAUGGCACCAACCAUCACUUCAGCACUGAACAUCUCAAACGAGCACCUACCUCUGAACAACAAGCUGAGGAAGCCGAUGGUGGAGAAGAUGCGCAGAGAUCGUAUCAACAGCAGCAUUGAGCAGCUGAAGUCUCUCCUGGCUCCAGAGUUCCUCAACCAGCAGCCUGACUCCAAACUGGAGAAAGCAGAUAUCCUGGAGAUGACAGUCAGCUUCCUGAGACAAAAGCAGCAGCAGCAGCAGCAUCCAGCAGCUGCCAAUCAAGGCUUCUCCAGAUGUGUCCAUGACAUUGUUCACUUCCUGUCUAAAGAAGAGGUGAAGACACAGAGCCAGAGAAAACUGCUGAACCACUUCCAGAAUCUGCAGCCAUCUUCAGACGAGAACAGGAGGGAAAGUGUUGUGGUUCAGCUGAGCUCUACAGAGCAGCAGAUCAUCAGCAAAGAGAAGAGUUCAGUUAAGAGCUCCCUCUGGAGGCCCUGGAGAAGAGAAGAUCAAGACUCUAAGCUUUUUUUUAAUUAACCUUUGAGUAAGAGUAUAACUGAGUAGUUAAAACUUUAACAGUUUAUUAUUGUUUUAUGGCUAAAACGCUGUUAUAUAUUAGUCUGCCCAUUAAAAGCUUAGAUUGUUUGCUGUAUAUAAUAUACAUUUCUGUUUUAAGAAAUGAUGGCAUUCAUCUGGUAAUCUUAAAAAUGUGAUUUAUGUUGAUAUUUUAUACUCUAUGAGUUUUCACUAGUUUAUAUAGAUGCGAUAUGUAUUUUAAUAUCUAACCACAAUGUGGUUAAUCUACUUAUUGCAAGAUUACUUGCUUUAUAUUAAUAAGCAUUUCUGUUUUAAGAAAUGAUGGCAUCUUCCUUCCCACUUGGGAAUCUAUUUUGUACACAAAUUGUGCUUUAUAUUUUUUCCUUUUUUACUCUAUGAGUAAUUUUUCUUUUCUUUCACUCUUGUAAGAUAACCACAGUGUGGUUAUUGUUUUGCCCACUGAACAUAAAUGUAAACCUUUCCUAAAGGUUUGUAUUUUUGUAAUAAUAUGGUGUAACUGAACACAACGUUUGAAGUACAUGGCAUUGCAUCAAUGUAUUUGAUUGUACUGAUGGUUAUUGUGGAAAGAGAAUAAAUAAUUGGACGUGAACUCACUGGUAAAGAUCUUUGAAUGAGCCUAUGGAAAUAACAGAAUUAUUAUAA